AACGGAGCUCUACCGCAUACUUGCGUUUCCAUGCAGGCGAAUUGGUGGUGGAAACGAGAGAGGAAAAAUGGGAGGUGGAGGGGUACGUAGGUGGUGAGAUGUGAGGUAAAGUGAGCCCCGGACAAUGUGAGCUGGGAGGAUUCCUGGAUGCUGGAUUGAUGGCAGAAUGGCAGUUGUCAUUCUCGCAAAAGGUCAAUUUAAUCAGGAGAAGUCGCUACCGAGAGCGGUGCGGCGUGCGCGUAUGUGUGAGGCUCGCUUCGUGGAAGGGAGGAGCAGCGGCGAGCUCCCCCCCUCCAGCACAUCCAGAGCGAAGGAAGCAUCUCACUGAUCUCCAUCCUGGAUACUAGGUGCUCUGAUUUUUGUGUGUGUGUUUAAACUUACGGUACAGUAGCGCGUCGGUGUUGAUUUUAAGGCGUUGGACUGUAAGCGUGAGUAGGGGCAGGAAAGCAACGCUGGUGGCGGUUUUUUCACAUUAUAGACAAUGCAAUUUUCGCGAUCGCGUCCAAGCUUAUUUUUGCCGAGUGAAGAGCGUCAACUGUUCGCUGGCGCAAUAAAACUAAAAGGCUUUCCAUGGGUGAAGGGAGAGACGAACGGGAAUCAAUAGGGACACCAAGGCAAUUAAGGUUGCGUGAGCAACAACAUGAAUCAUUAAUUCAUUCAGUUUUACUGUGACUGUUGUUAAGUCAGCUUGCUCGUCCUGCUUAGUGUCUGGGAGCUAUGGGGAGUGCGAUGGAUUGAACUCUUUCAGUGCUGCGAAUUGCUGACUGGGUGAUGCCGCUAAUUAAUGGGAAUAAUAAAAAAAAUGACUUGCGUCUCUGUGGCAGCCGCCGUUUCUAGCGGACGAGACUGAGUAGUCGGGGCUGCGGGCGCCUUUUUGCGCGUAUCGCCUGUGCAGCCCGCGCAAGUCCCGGACCUGCGUCUUGUGCAGCUGGGAAAACCCGGCGAUCCGAGAUGGGAGAGAGCGGAGGCGCGGGAGAGCUGCAGUAGCCGGUUCUGUGAAGUGGGAAUCGGAAGAUCGCGACUCGGUCGGCCGGGUCUCAGAGCACUGAGCCAGCCUGCGUGCCGUUCAGGUGGACGCGAUGUUCGCACAGAUAAGUACGUGCGUGUGUCCUGCAUGUCUGUGAACGCUACUAUCAAGCUGACAUCCAGUGGUUUAUGGACAUCUGUCCCAGUUGAGCUGAAGUACCAAUGCUCUGUGGGCCCGGUAGACUAUCUGUGAGACCACUGCUUCCCCUCUAAAGCCGAGUGUCAAGGUGUGGGGGAGAGGGGGGGGGGGGAGGAUCCGGUGCUGUACCGCUGUAGACAGGCGUACCUGCUGGGACAUCUGGAGACCUGCUGGUUAAGGGCUCAGCACCUGUAGGCUGCAGACAGGAGGGGAGCUCGCUUACCGCACAACCAGCCUCCGUAGGAGCACGGCGGCCGAUUACCUGGGGAGAGGCGCGCAGACAGGGGGGGCAUCAUGCAGGUGUCCAUCGCCUGCACGGAGCACAACCUGAAGAGCCGCAGCAGCGAGGACCGGCUGUGCAGCGUACGCACUGGGCCCCCGACCGGCUGCUCCGGCACGGGCGCUGGGAGUGGGGGCCAGGGCUCCAAUGCCCACUACCUGGCGCAGGGGCAGAUGAAGUCGAGGGUGAUGGGUGGCUCGCGUGUUGCCCCCCAGGGGCACGCCCACAUGAAGGAGGCCAUUGGGAGGCACAGCAGCAUGAAGUACAGGAACUUGGGGAAGUCUGGACUGAGAGUCUCCUGCCUGGGUUUAGGAACGUGGGUGACCUUCGGCUCCCAGAUUUCAGAUGAGAUGGCAGAAAAUCUGAUGACCAUUGCGUACGAGAACGGCAUCAACCUGUUCGACACGGCGGAGGUGUACGCAUCUGGGAGAGCUGAAAUCACUCUAGGGAACAUCAUUAAGAAGAAAGGAUGGAGACGCUCCAGUUUUGUAGUGACCACCAAAAUCUACUGGGGAGGACAGGCGGAGACAGAGAGGGGGCUUUCCAGGAAGCACAUUAUUGAAGGCCUGAAAGGCUCCUUGUCUAGACUGCAGCUGGAAUAUGUGGACAUAGUCUUUGCCAACCGCACUGACGUCAACAGCCCCAUGGAAGAGGUGGUCCGUGCCAUGACCUUCGUGAUCAACCAGGGGAUGGCCAUGUACUGGGGCACGUCUCGCUGGAGCGCCAUGGAGAUCAUGGAGGCAUACUCUGUGGCACGUCAGUUUAACCUGAUCCCCCCAGUGUGUGAGCAGGCAGAGUAUCACUACUUCCAGAGAGACAAGGUGGAAGUGCAGCUGCCCGAGCUCUAUCACAAAAUCGGUGUGGGAGCAAUGACCUGGUCUCCCCUGGCCUGUGGGCUCAUCACGGGGAAGUACAGCGAGGGCGUCCCCGACUCGUCCCGAGCUGCCAUGAAGGGCUACCAGUGGCUGAAGGAACGGGUGAACAGCGAGGAAGGCCGUCGGCAGCUGGCCAAAGUCAAAGAACUGCACCUGCUGGCCAGUCGCCUGGGCUGCACCGCUGCACAGUUGGCCAUCGCCUGGUGCCUUCGCAGUGAAGGAGUCAGCUCUGUUCUGCUGGGGGUCUCCAACACCGAGCAGCUCCUGGAGAAUUUGGGCUCCAUACAGGUCUUGUCCCAGAUGACGCCACAGACGGUGAACGAGAUCGACUCCCUGCUUGGGAACAAGCCACACUCCAAGAAGGAGUCUCGGGCGUGAUGUGGGCCGGUCUGGAGAUCCAGAAGGAGUGAGGAGGAGGAGGAGGAGGAGGAGGAAGAAGAGGAGGUGCUAAAUCCACAGGAGAUGCAGGAGAUACGUGGAUGACAGGCCUGCUCUCCAGUAUAACCAACCGCAUGUCUUUCCAGUGCUGCGCUUCCAAUAUUAUUACUGCACAUUUACUUAGAAACGUAUGAAAUAUAUGUAUUUAAAACCAACAGGUAUUCCCAAUAGGCUAAUGCAUACUAUAAAUGAAACGUAAAAGCACAUCACAAGGUUAUGAAACACAAAGCAUAGAUAUCGCAGGGAAAUCGAUGCUGCUAAAGGACUCUGAGUGGCCUGGUUCUGAUUCUAAACAUGCUUCAUAAGGACAACAACUUGUAAAUGCGACACCAGACCAUUUCUGACCCUGAUGUCUACAGCUUGACCCUCAUUAAAGGAGCGCAUGUCCCUUUAGUAACUAAAAGCUUUGCGAGGCAGGGGUGACAGAGGAUUAUGCCACAUGAAAUGAUGUUAGAUGGAUAGACGAGGAGUCCAAGAUAACCGGUUAGCUGGCUGCCUGUUCACGGACCUUGAGCUUAAGACUGAUGGCCAUCAGACUGGUCUGACGGGCACUGUGGUCCAGCUGGCUUCCCCACAGCGCCCUGCUCAUGGAGCCCCCACCCUGCUAAUCCUGACCGCAUUUAUAGGUGUCCCCAACCCAUCCGUGUUAUCCAUAGUUACGCCUUAUCUAAGCUGUGCAUGUGGAAGAGAGGUGGUGCAUUCCGAGAGAGGAGGGUGGAACAGGGCUCCCUCUGCUGUCCAUCUGUUUAAAGGCAGCCUCGCCAUGCAGCCAGCCAGUGUCACUUACAAAAGGGACACCUUUUGGAGUUUCAGGUUUCCUCACAUUUUAAUGGGAACUCCUGAUGUGUGAGGUAGCGCGUCACAGGUCAGUAUUCAUGGGAACAAGCCACACUCCCAGACGGCAGAACUCUCCUUUUAAGAAUGAAGAGAGGAUGCUGUUAAUAGUGGCUGCACAGGGUGCAACAAAUCGUUCUAGAUCGUGCUGCUUUGCUUCACGGAAGAGUGGUGUUCUGCACCAGUUCUGAUGUCGACCAUCAUUUAUCUGCUAUUAAAAAACAGCUGCUUAAAGUAAGGGCAUGUGGCAAUUACAUUUAAUAUGUUAAAAUUUUUGCGUCACUUCACUUUUAAGUGAAGCUUUUCUCUGAGAACAGAAAUGCGUCGAUGAAAUGGUAACUAUUCUUACCGGAGUAUAACAAAGACAAAAAGGAGAGCAGAACAGUGGAUGUUCAAUUUUAAUCUGUGGCCCAAUGCCCACCUACAUUGUGAUCGACACCUUUCUUGCUUGUCAGUUGCUUGCUCUUUGAAAGAGUUUUGAGUUUGCUGAAAUGAAGAAAUUUAUUUAAUCAGAGUUAUUUCUUUGAGAGUAUAUUAAACAACACGAAGAGAUCAGGGGAAAUGAGAAUCCUUUUAAAGUUUUUUGUAUAUACAUAAACUGGUAUUGCACUGCAUAAUUAAUAUUGCUUGUAAAACUGAAAAUACUGUCUUGCAAAAGAAAAAAAAAAUCCUGUAAUGAAUGUACCUUGCUUGCCUUUUAAGAGGAAGAAAAUGUUCUCUUUAUAGAAUGACAUAAUCCCUAGUUUUUAUAUAGGUAGCUGUGGAAAUAACGACAGCCGAAUUCACAAUGGAAAAAGCAGGCAAGAUGUGACGGGAUGCAGCCGCUGCUCCUGGAAUGUCGCUUUACAUUCAGUUUUUUUUUCUGCUCCUUCAAAAUAUGCUCCAGCUUAGACUCCAUUAUUAGAGAGCUGCCAGGUAUCGGUUUGGCUCAGCGUGCUCCCAAGAUAGGGACCACAAAUUCACCCCCCCCCCCCCCCCCCCGCCCCUUCAUGCGAAACGCAGGACACACAGCUACUCAAUUUCACAAGCACACAAGUCCAGGAAGAAUUUAAUGACCCAAGAGAGCAUCCAUCUGAAAUCUGAGGCAGGUUCCGCUACAGGUAACGUGUGACAGUUGUACUGCAGGUUAUGUCAACGUCAACUCAAAGUCUCUCCCCCCCUUACGUUCCAUUUAACCCACCUGCUGCACCUGUCUUGUCAUCAUCACCCCCGCAACGCUACGAAGAAACAGGAUUUAGAGAUCUGUGCGACAUUAGAACAUUUCAAACUAUUUAUUAAUAAGUAGUUUAAAGUUUAUUUAAAUUGUAUAGAUAUUAUACUCUUUCCUUUUUCUAGCUGCGAAGUCGCAGAUGAUUUGGAAGAUUGCUACACGUUUUGCAUGAGAUGUGAGCGUGCUGUGUGUACAGGUGCGUCUCAGUCUGCGUGACUGGCAGGUAAAUCGCCAAGGCCUGCACAAUCGGGCACUGUGUGGUAGGAUCUUAUAGAAUAACACUAAAGAUUCAAUAAAGUCUUC